GGGCUGGCGCGCUGCAGGAGGGGGCGUCCGCGGUGGCCGGCGGUCCUCCCCCUGCGUCUCCGCCGUUUCCAGGGGCGCGCAGGAGCAGCGCCCAGCUCUGCCCUGGCCGGCGUUCGCAGAGCCCCUUCGGGCAGAGGCAGAAAGCCUGGUCUCCGCGGUUCCCGACCGCCGGGCGGACCUGGUCCUGCGCGGUUGCCUCACAAUAAGGAGUGUAGUCGUUUUCCUCCCACGGGAUAUUAAAUAUCGAACGUCUGGCGUCAGUAACGAUAGCUGUUUUUGAGUACUGUGUGCUCAUUACCUCAAUCCUACCGCACUGUUUUACAGUUAAGAUUUUCAAGGCAAGAGGUAGUAAGAGGUUGAGGAAGGACACAAGUUUAAAUCUAGCGGCAAAGCACAGGCCGGUUCCCUGCCCAGCCGAUCUGGGCGAGGCACAGACAUAAUCACGGAAUGGUGCUGGACGUGGGCGCACACACCUGAGCGCUCUCGCAAACGUGCAGGUUUCUGAAUCCUGGUCGAAAGACAGGCAUGUUCGUAACUAUAAUACACAGGACAAUGUAGUAAGUGUCAUGAGUUACAGUCGAAGUAGUGUACCAUCUAGUAUUUAUUCAUUUGCGGUUGGAUUUUAUUUCUCAACAGUGGAGUCUUUUCUCGUCCGAGAGAGUAUGGACUUACAAACUAAGUUAAAAGCAAACUUCUAGAGUUGGUGGGAGGGCAGGCAUUAUCAGUGGACCCUGUCACCACAUGUCUCUCUCCCUCAGUGCAUGAUAUGGUCUGUAAACUUGGGUUUGAAUACACAGAUUACUGUGAUAUCAAUGGUGUUGUAGCUCAGAAUGGUGAAGUGUGCUGGAGAAAAAUCACCGACUGUGUGAGCUACAAAUCAGACCAGAGUCUGGAUUACUCGGGCAGCGUGCAGCAGCUGGGCCCCGUGUGUGAAGCCGUCCAUUCCCACUUCCUGGUUCUGAGCAAGGGGCAGUUCGAAAUGCGAUACACACCAUGGCUCCAGUGGACAAGUUUUCCAGAGUUAUUCCCUGAAAUAUUUGAUGACUUGGAAAGUCUGCCGUCUCCUGCCAUUUCUCUUGGCUUAAUGAAACUGACGUCAUGUCUGGAACGAGCCUUGGGUGAUGUAUUUUUACUGGUUGGGAAGGAAUGCCCCUUUCUCUUAAGAGAUCUGCUCGCCUCUGAGGAGCUUGCGGGAGUCUUUGGGCAGCCUGUGAUGGAUGUACUGAAGGUUUUCCUGGGCUCUCCGUGUGGUCUCAACCUGCGCAACAUCUUAUGGCAUGGGUUUGCGUCGCCACGAGAAGUUUCUCCAAAAUACUGUGCGAUGAUGGUGUUGCUGACGGCAGGAUUGGGCCAAUUACUGAAGAGGUACCUUCAGCAAACUCGGUUUACAUUGGCACACCGGUCUUUCGUGACUUUUACAAGCUUAGAAGAUUUGAUCGUUUUUCCUGAUGUUACUCACGAGAUGCUUUCAGUAUUAGAAGAAGUGAUGGUGAAGUCUACUUUUGUAUUGGAAAUUAUGUUACCCUACUGGGAAACUGCACUGGCCAAGUUCAAGGCACACAGGUUUGCCGACUGUGCCAUCUUGUUACUGACCCAGCUGGAGACUGGACUUAGGAAAGUUUUUGCCACAGUUAACGGAUGUCCAAAGAGACUCCUGACUGCUGAGUCAACAGCUCUUUACACCACAUUUGAUGAGGUUUUGGCAAAACACUUGAACGACGGUAAAAUCAAUCAGCUUCCUCUUUUCCUCGGAGAGCCUGCCAUGGAAUUUCUCUGGGAUUUCUUGAACCAUCAGACGGGUCCCCGUGUAAGAGACCGCUUAAGCCACGGGGAGAUCGAUUUACGUGAAUUUCCAAAGGAGAUGACCAGUCAGUUGCUUGCGUUUUCCCUGGUACUUUUACUCAGAUUCAUCGAUGAAGAUCUGCUAUCAGUGUUUAAGGAGAAGGCAGCGAUAAAGCUGCUCCUUGAUCUUGCAGAAGGCUAUGGCUCCCGCUGCCACCCGGUGUCUCGCCUUAGAAAGCAGCUGCUGAGCUGUGAGAAGAGCAUUGGGGCUUGGCCUCUGCUGCCUUUUCCUGAGGAGCCCGUUCAGGAAGCGGUCAGAUUAGAAGACAGUUCUGAAAUAGAUGCCUGCCACUCCUUAAUCACUAAGAUUCUGUGUGAGCUCUGUCACCACGGGCCUGAGAGCCAUGGUGUUUGUAAUGGCGUGGAUAAACUCCCCCCUGAGAGGUGGCCCCAGCUGCUGGGAGAACUCUGCAGCGUCCGCGUCCCCACUCUGUUCUGCCCGAGAGCUGUCCUGGAAGUGGCGGCCGUGCUCCGGAGCAUCAGCACGCAGUGCCAGCGCGUGUCCAGCCAGGUCGUCGCCGCCUCGGAGCUGAGGCACAGGCAAUGGGUGGAGAGGGCGCUGCGGUCGCGCCAGCGGCAGAACUUCCUGCGCAUGCUGAGUAGUGUCAGGCUCCUGUCCCCUGCGCUUUACCUCAUUCUGUUGCUCGUUGCACUGGAAUUGGUCAACAUCCAUGCCGUUUCUGGGAAAUCUGCUUGCGAGUGUCGGCAGUACCUGAAGUUCUUAAAGUCAAUCUUGCAGUACACUGAGAACCUAGUGGCUUACACCAGCUGUGAAAAGAACAAAUGGAAUGAAACCAUCAGUCUUACACACACAGCUUUGUUGAAAAUUUGGACUUUUUGUGAGAAGAAACAAAUGUUAGUACACUUAGGCAAGAAAUCCACAAGUAAAGCAGUCUUAUGAAAAC